UGAACGGCCCCGCCUUUAAAACACGUGGUUGGCUUCACAUUAAAAUGGCGUCUCAAGCUGAGUCUUUACCCGAUGCUCUCUUGGAAGCUCUGGCAGAAAAGGGUCGAGUAGAUUCCUAUGAAUAUGCUACUAGUGUUGCUAGAAAUCACCAAGACGCGGUUGGAGCCGUAAAGAGUUUGGAAUCCUUUGGAGACUUUGGGUUAUAAAGACAGAGCAGAAACAGACUGAAUUGUCGGAGCUGGCCGAAGAAGGUAAAGAGAUAGCUGAGAAUGGUUCGCAUGAGGUUAGACUCUUUGAAGCAGUCGAUCAAUCAAAUGGAACACCACAAAAUGAACUAAUGUCUAAAGUUCCUAAUGCUAAGAUUGGUUUCAGCAAGGCAAUGUCCAACAAAUGGCUAAAGCUAGACAAAUCAUCACCAGGCCCACCACAAGUUUAUAGAAACGUGGAGUCAGUGACUGAUACUGUCCGGAAGUUAUUGUGUUCCCUCAAAGGUGAGAGUGGGAGGGGAGAACUGUCCGACGAGAAUUUGAAAGAAUUUAAGAAGAGGAAGCUCAUCAGUAGCAUUAUAAUAAAGAAUUACAUAAUCACACAGGGUCCUUCCUUUACCACUAGCAUCAGUAAAAAGAGUACAGAGCUUACUGCUGAAAUGAUACAGAAUGGUUCAUGGAAGAAUGAAGAAUUCAAGUCUUACAAUUUCAAUGCACUAGGAGCUCCACUUGCCACUGGUCACCUCCAUCCAUUGCUUAAAGUUAGGACCGAAAUACGACAAAUAUUCCUUGAGAUGGAGUGAGCCUUUUAUUAAACA